AUUUAUUCUCCCCGUCCCUCCGUUUCUCUUGCAUCCGUAGCUUCUUCUUCCACCGCUAUUUAGCCGAGGGAUGGAAUGCCGUUCAUUCUUCCCAUGCUUUGCUUGUGUGUGAUAUGCUUCUCUCCUUGCACAAGAACAUCUGCAUGAGAUUAUGGAGAUCUCCAGCGCACAUCACCAGGCGGCCAUGGCUAGCCUUCCACUUGAAGGAACUCUAACUGGGUGCCAAAAUCUACAGAGGCAGCAGCAGCAGCAGGAGAGGAAGGUUAGGCCACAACCAGAGCAAUCCCUCAAGUGCCCCAGAUGCGAGUCCACCAACACCAAGUUCUGCUACUACAACAACUACAGCCUUUCCCAGCCAAGGCACUUCUGCAAGGGCUGCAGGAGAUACUGGACCAAAGGUGGCUCUCUAAGGAACGUCCCUGUUGGAGGUGGCUGCAGGAAGAACAAGAAGUCUUCUUCCAAGAGGCCACAGCACCAGUCCUUCACCACCAUCUCUAACCCACCACUCCUUGCUUAUGACCCCAGUGGCCUCAGCCUGGCCCUGGCAAGCCUCCAGAAACAACACCACGACCCAGGGCGUUCGCUGGAUGACCACGAAACCUUCCUUCUCGGAAACCCUAUUCUUGAUGAUCCUACAGCACCUCCUGCAGGGUUCCUUGACAUGAUGAGGACUGGGUUUCUUGAUGGCACCACUGAUUACUCGAGCUCCUUCCACAACCUCUACUGUGGAUAUGGUGGCAAUGGCAGUACUGACGUAGAGGUGGGUUUGCCCUUUGGUGGAGGACUGGGUGGCGCAACCACAACAACUGCUACGACUGUGACCACUACCAGCCAGCUCUCCUGCAGGGACUUGGAUAGAGAGGAGGACAAGAUGUUGGUGGGUCUCCAAUGGCAGGUGGGAGGAGAUUGCAACAUGGCUUUGGACUCUACCAGAGAUCACUGCAGCUGGAAUGGUACUGUUGGUUCAAACUGGCACAGUCUCAUCAACAGCUCCCUCAUGUAGACAGGUGAAACCAUCCAGGCAUACAUAAGAUCAGAUGUCAAGUGCUUCUCUGGUUAUCAUCAAUCUUCUUUCUUUUGCA